AUGGUCACUUGUGUAGUCCUUAUAAUUCUCUUCUCCAUGUUUUGGGAAGCUUUUGCGGGAUUUUCGCGUAUAGAUGAACUACUAUCAGGACCUGAUCUUACAAUCAAAGAACUUUUAGAUGAUGAUGAUUUGUUACAGAAAUGUCGUGAAAAAGAUCAACGUCUAAUUGAUUUUUUGUCACGACCAGAUAAUUUGGAUUAUCUAUUAGAUCUGGUUAGUCAUACACCAGUGUCUAAUGUGUUUGAUCAUAAUUUGUAUAGGUAUCCUAGUUUAGCGUGUGAAAUUUUAACCAAUGAUAUUGAUGAAAUAUUAGAUGGAAUUAUUGAAUCACAAUCAAUAAUCGAUAAACCAGUGGAGAAUUCAUUUUAUCAUGAUCACCAUCAUCAUCAUUUAAAUCAUAAUAAUAAUACUGAUGGAGAUGACACCGGGAAUAAUAUUAUGGAGUCGACUGGCAUAUCUUCAUCUUCGCCAUCACCAUCAUCGUCAGUGGUGUUUCAUGAAAGUGAUAAAAGUGCUACUAAUAUGUCAGUGAUUAGUAAUCAUGAUGAUGACAGUGUAAAUAAUUCAGCGAUGGAAUUAUGUAAUUUAACUCCAACGGAUAAUAAUAAUUAUAAUGAUACUACUAAUAAUAGUAGUAAUAAUGAGGUCAAUAAUUUGUCCACUUCAAUGUCUAUUAUUGAUGAAUCUAGUUUAAAUAAUUCCUCGUCUUCUUAUUCUUCGUCAACUGCUAAUACCAUUGUAAAUAAUAUGGAAGAUAAAUCAAUCAAUAAUACCUUAGAUCAUCAUGUAAAUACAUUGAAUUCAUCAACGGAUAUUUUAUCCUCAUCGACUGUAUUCAAUAAUGGUGAGAUGAAGACGUCACCACCACCAUCGACAACGAAGACGAUGGAUAUCGCGGCUACAACAUCACGAAUCCGUCGUCCACGUUUAGAUAAACUCAUCCAGUUUUUUAGCUCAAAUCAAUCAGUGAAUCCAUUAUCAGCUAGUUUUGUUUCACGUGUGUUAAUUCACUUGACAUUAUAUCGUGGAAGUGUUGUUAUUCCAUACUUACGAUCAUCACAAGAUUUUCUCAACAAAGUGUUCUCAUGCUUGGAAUCAUGCGCUGUAGCUGAUCUAAUCAUUCAGUUAGCACAACAAGAAACGAAACAACAAUGCCUUGUCUUUGAAUGGUUUAAGACCGAUCGUGUUGUGGAACGUUUGGUUGAAAAAUUCGAUCCUAUCUAUUCAUUUGAGAUGCAUGAAUCAGCAGCGCAUUGUUUAAUCGAAUUGAUUACAGUGCUACGGAAUUAUUUAAUCAAUAAUCCUUUGAAUACAACAGAUGGAGUGAAUUUCAGUCUUGGCCCCAAUAAUGCCACUAAUGGUGGUGAUGGUGGUAGUAGUGAUGAUCUGUCGGCUGCUGAUUCAACAACACCAAAAACUACAAAUAAUCCUAAUUACUUGAAUACUACUCAAUCGACUAGUAGUAUAUCUGGAUUCCCUGUAAAUAAUUCAUCCAUUAGUCAUCUACUCGAUGAUUAUAUUGAUGAUGAUGAUGCGACGUAUAAAGCAGCUGAGAAUUUAUUAAAUAUUUUAGAAAGUGAAAAAACAAUGUCAAUGCUGUUAAAUCGAAUAUUAUCCAAUGAAGAACAGAUAGUGACGUCAUCGAUAGUGGUAAAUUGUGUGAAUGUAUUUAUGGCUGUUAUGGAUAAGAGAAAACCUGAGUCUGGUUUUCCUGUUGGAGGUGGUGCCGGUGAGAGUACUGAAACCGGGUCAUUAAUUGGUUAUGGGAUACCAGGCCCUAAGAAUGAUAUAAGCUGUACCAAUAAUAAAACAAUAAAUAACACUUCAAAUGACUCAGCGUUAUUGAUGACAAAUGGUGAUGAUGCUGUUGGUGGUGGUGGCAAUAAAUCCUCCAAUGACUGUGAUACUUCAUCAAUCAAUAACCGACAGCAGCAACAACAACAACAACAGUCAGUGCAUGAUAUGAACUCAUUACCUAUAGAUAAACAGCAUAUAUCAAAAGCUUGUGAAAAUUUAUCUAAAGCAUGCUUAUCUUGCUUGAGUGAAUUGCAUAAAUUAUUGAAAACAUUUCAUCCGCAAUUCUAUAAUACUGUGUCAACAACAAAUGGUAUCUUAAAUCCACCACUUGGUCGUUGUCGUUUAGCUGUUGUCCAGUUGAUUGCUGCACUCACCUCUUUACCGAUGAAUUUACAAUUAAUUAAAGCAAUUGUUGCGAAUGGUUUUGUCAAAACAUUAAUGGAGUUAUUUGAACAAUAUCCAUCGAAUACCUUUCUACAUCAUAGUGUUGUCGAUGUGUUAACCUCCUUGUUCAAGCAUUCAGGUAUAACAAACACAAUGAAGACGCCGACAACGACUACCACUAGUACUAGUGGAGGUAAUGGAAAUGCCAAUGAUACAUUUAAUCCAAAUUUCUCUACAUCAAAAAAAACCAAUCAAAUUGAUGACAAUCAAUCCCCAUCAUCCACCACUCCCGAUCUAUCCUCUUCUUCAUCAUCUGUUGAUAGUGGUGUCACAAUCACUGCUGCUGACAGUUCAACAGAUACUGCCAAAGUUACUGCUGCUACUGUUGUGAUGAAUACUACUCAUUUCGAUGAAUUUAAUAGUAUAUUAAUUAAUCUUAUAAAAGAUCAUCAUUUGAUUGAUUGGUGUUUACGAUUAUCUCCGUUGCCGGGUAAAAAUGAUCGACCGGAUGUUCCUUAUUCACCGAAUUCUUCUUUAGUUCGAUUAUCUAAAGCUAAGCCCAAACCUGGUUAUGCUGGACAUAUCUGGCAGAUAGCCAAUCUGAUUGAUUCAGCUAUGAAUAAUAGUAAUAAUGGUUCAAGAGGAGAAUUUGUAAAAAGCAUCUUUGAAGAUUUAGAUUCAAAAGUCAAAGAUGCUUGGUCAGAAUUUGUAAAAGAAGAUCUUAGCGUGAUUAAUUCAAUGCAAGUUGUUGAGGAUUUAAGCGAAAGUACGACUAUUAGUCAAGAGGGAGGCCUACUCCGAUUAAUUACACAAUAUAAUUUAAAUAAAUUGCUCUCAAAUUCAUCAGAUUUACUCAGUUUGGCUGCUGGCGGUUUAAAUCUAUCCAAAACCCCAUUUGUUCUCGCACCGAUAUCCUCAUUAAAUUUAAUGCAGCAUAAAUUAUCCGAUUUAAAUGGUGCUAUCAGAGGAGGCAGUAAUAGUAGCAGUAGAGCUAAUAGUACUGAAGGCUUGACAUUACAGGUGUCGACAGGUGUCGAGAACAACGGUGACAAUGAUGCUGACGACGAUGAUAUUAUUGAUGAAGGUGAUGAUCAACAGCAAAAACACCGACAGUUAGAUAAUCAAUCACCGUUUACCCUGCUUCCAAUUCAGCCAUCUUCUGAUAUUCUUAUCAGUGGGAGAAAUAAUGUUAGUGGUCGUGUUGGAGGCGGUGGUGGUAUUUCAUCCUGUAGUCUAUCUGAUUUGUGGUUAGAUCCAGAUGAUAUGGAAGUCGAUGAUGGUGAUGAUAGGGAACAACACGGAAAAAGUGACCAACAGACUCCCAGUACUCUGCAUCGAUUCACAUCAAAGUCUUUUAGACAGAUUAAUUUAUGUGUUAAAAACGACGACAAUGUUGAUGAUGAUGACGAGGUGGCGAUGGGGAAUGAUGAUGAAACAACCUCGAAAGUUAAUCACCAUCGGAGUCUUCGUCAUCGUAGUAGUAGUAAUAGUAGUGGCAGUAAUCCUAUGAGUGACGAUGACGAUGACGGUGAUGAUGAAGGUUGUGAAGAGGCGAAAACUCAUAAUGUCGAAGAUGAAGGUGAGGGUGAAGGUGUCGAUGAUGUUGAUGACGAAGACGAUGACGACGACGAAGAGGAGGAUUUAAAGUCACCAAUUCAAAUUAAACAACAACAUUCCAGUAAGCUGACCAAUAGCUAUGCACCAGCUGGUGGUCUACUGUUCAAGAGUAAUCCACUUCUUAAAGGGAAUGAAGAAUUUUGUGAAUUUGAUAUUUUACGUAAACCGAUUGAAGAAUUGAAGAUUUCCGAAAGUAUUAAGCAGAUUUACAAUACAAAAAUCGACAAUCCUUGGAGUAAUGAAGCCAAUCAAUCGACUGGGACAAAUGAUGAAUGGGCUGAUUUUAAGAAAGCUAGCACACUUUCUUCAAUGACCACCAGUCAUCAAUUAGAUUCAAAUGAAUCCUCUUUUAAAUGGGCUGAUUUCGAUAAUAUUUCUUCAGACAAUAAGAACAAUAAUGAUAAUAAUAAUAAUUCUGAAGUUGUCUAUCCUGGAACAUUGAAUGGGAUCACAGGAAGUGAAUCGACAACAGGAUCAACUAAUACUGUCAAUACGACGACGACGACAACGCCGAUAGUGACACCUUCUAAGGACACUACUACUAAUAUAGUUAGUAGUGAUAACAGUAUAUCCACUACAAAGUGUAAUACUUCAUCAUUUCCUGUUGAAAAACAAUUGCAAAGCAAAUCCAAUGAAACCUCAUAUUUACCUGUCAGCACUAGUAGUAGUUGUCCUGCCACGUCGGCGACGCCAACUACUCAGUCAUCUGUUCUACCUUCUCUCCUCAAUGCAAAUAUCUUCCAAAAAUGA